CCGCGCUGGGGCCCGCCCGCGGGGCCGGCCGCCUGUCAGAGGGAGGUGGCGAUGGUGAGCCCGGUGGCGGUGGCGGCUGCGGCGGCUUCCUCGGUCGGAGUGCAGCGAGGAGAAGAUGACUGACCAACCGACUGGCUGAAUGAAUGAAUGGCGGAGCCGAGCGCGCCAUGAGGAGCCUGCCGAGUCUGGGCGGCCUCGCCCUGUUGUGCUGCGCCGCCGCCGCCGCCGCCACUGCCGCCGCCUCAGCAUCCUCGGCGGGGAAUGUCACCGGUGGCGGCGGGGCCAAGGGGCAGGUGGACGCGUCGCUCGGCCCGGGGCAGCGGGGCGAGCCCAGCUACCCCUUCCCUAAGGCGACCGCUCCCUGGACCCAGACCCCGAGGACCAGCCCCCCGCGGACUACGGUCCGCCGACCCCUGGCUGCGACCUCUUCAGCCCAAUCCCCGGAGACCACCCCUCUUCAGGCGACGGCCGGACCCGCUCCGACCUCCUUUCAGGCGCCGCUCGGCCCCUCGCCGACCACCCCUCCGGAGGUGGAGCGCACUCCCUCCACCCCUCGGGCGCCAACCAGACCCGCGCCGACCACCCUUUUGACGACCCCUGGCCUGGCGCCGACCACCCCUGUAGCGACCACCGUUCUGGCACCAACCACUCCCGGGACCCCGACCCUCGUCCUCCCCAGCAGCGGCGGCGGCAGCAGCGGCGGCGGCAGCAGCACCAGCAGCAGCAGCGUCCCGCCCACCCCACCUGCCACCGAGGCCCCUUCUCCUCCCCCAGAGUAUGUGUGUAACUGCUCUAGGGUUGGAAGCCUGGAUGUGAAGCACUGCAACCAGACAACAGGGCAAUGUGAGUGUCGGAAAGGUUAUCAGGGUCGUCACUGUGAAGCCUGCAAAGAGGGCUUUUACCUGAAUCACACUUCCGGGCUCUGCCUGCCAUGUCACUGUAGUCUACAUGGGGCCCUCAGCAUCCUCUGCAACAGUUCUGGGAAUUGCCAGUGCAGAGUGGGUGUCACCGGCCCUACCUGUAACCAAUGCCGAGAUGGAUAUUAUGGCUUUAGUAAGAAUGGCUGCUUGCCCUGUCAGUGCAGUAAUCGAUCUGCCAGUUGUGAUUCUCUCACAGGUGCUUGUUUAAACUGCCAGGAAAACAGCAAAGGGGUUCACUGUGAAGAAUGCAAAGAAGGAUUUUAUCAGAGUCUCGAUGCCACAAAAGAAUGUCUUCGCUGCCCUUGUUCAGCAGUGACAUCUACAGGCAUUUGUACUAUAAAAUCGAAUGAAUUGGGACCUAAGUGUGUCCAGUGUAAAGAUGGUUACACAGGCCCGAACUGCAAUACGUGUGAAAAUGGCUAUUACAAUUCUGACAGCAUUUGUAUACCGUGCCAAUGUCAUGGUCAUGUGGACCCAGAUAAAACUCCAAAGAUUUGCAAGCCCGAGAGUGGUGAAUGCAUCAACUGCCUGCAUAACACCACUGGGUUUUGGUGUGAGAACUGCCUAGAAGGUUAUGUUCGAGACCUCCAGAGAAACUGCAUCAAGAAAGAAGUUAUUGUUCCAACACCUGAAGGUUCUACCAUUUUGGUUUCCAAUGCCUCUUUGACCACAUCAGUGCCCACCCCUGUUAUAAAUAGUACAUUUACCCCCACAACCCUGCAGACUAUCUUUUCAGUAAGCUCUUCUGAAAAUAGCACUUCAGCUUUAGCUGAUGUAUCAUGGACCCAAUUUAACAUCAUCAUUUUGACAGUCAUCAUCAUUGUGGUGGUGCUGCUAAUGGGAUUUGUUGGGGCUGUAUAUAUGUACCGUGAGUAUCAAAACCGGAAACUCAAUGCCCCCUUUUGGACCAUCGAGCUGAAAGAAGAUAAUAUCAGUUUUAGCAGCUACCAUGACAGCAUUCCCAAUGCAGAUGUGUCGGGACUGUUGGAAGAUGAUGGCAAUGAAGUGGCUCCCAAUGGGCAGCUGACCCUGACGACACCCAUGCAUAACUACAAAGCCUAAGGAGCUAGAAGUAUUCUCCUGGAUUGUUAAACCACAGUGCUUACUAAAACAGCAUCAGCCCCUGAGCCAGACAAAGCCUGGGUAGAGUUUGCUGAGAAAGCAAAGGCAAAUAGUGCAUCUGAAAUUUGCAGGUACAAAUCUGUAAUGCGCUUAGCCUAUCUACUGCUUUUAAUAUUGCCAUGAAGAUCUGAAGCAUUCAGUCAUUAAGGACCUGAAGUAAAGUAUAUUUUUGUACCAAACCACAUGGGAGUAUGGAAAGGCUGAACCCCAUAGUGCAGCCCAAAUCCUCUUUGACCUCCUGAUAGACUGUUGGGGAAGUGUUCGCCUUACCAGCGGUAGCAGGAUGAUGGUUGUGAAGGGGGAAAGGACUGCUAGAAGACUUCAUUUCCAUUCCUGAAACACAUUUUUUUUAAAGGAGGGCCAGGGAUUACAUUAAUUUUACUAUUCUAAAAGACAUCAUUGAGGAAAAGAUGGUGUCUAGGCUGUAUCACAAUAAACAGUCUUGGUUGUUUCUAGAAUAUGGGCAGGAAAGUCCCAAGAAGAUCUUUAGAAGGGCUUGAUUUUUCCUCCCAGGAUUCUUGCUCAAUGAAGAGAUUAAAGCACAGGAUAAGCUUCUAAUGGUAGAGAACAGAGGGCAGCAUUGGGGCAGCAGGAAGCUGAUGGUCCUCCUCAGGGGCUCAGUGUAAAUGAUAAAUUGUCUAAAAAUAAGGAAUAUUCCUGCCUCUAGAGAAAUAAGGUGUACAUAGUUAAUGUAGUAUAUCUUGUCAACAUUGUAUUUGUAUCUAUUUGUAAAAAAAUUCAUGUCAUAUUUUAUCAUCUAGAAUUUAUUUGUACAGCAGUAAAUGGCACUGUAAAAAGAAAAUAUGGGGAUUGGUUAAAAUACUGUAAAAUAGAUGGCAAUAUUGCUAGAGCUGGGACUCUGGUGAGCAUCAGUCAUUUUUAGUCCCUCUUCGGACACUGUUGAAAUUUAUAAGAGGUUGAAUGUUUCUAAUCUUUCUUUCCUUUCUCAACCUAAAAGUAGAGUUAUAUGCUCUUUGACCUACUCUAGAUUCAAGCAAUAGGUUUUGAAGUCAAAUAAUUGUUAAGCUGGGACACAGGCUGCAUUCUCCAAAACACUUGCCUAAUUAGAUACUAGUCAUUCUAUAUGUUUUACAUAAAUUAAUACAAAACAUUCUUAUUGAAACAUUUUUCCUGAAUGUAAAAGUUAGUCUUCCAAAGGAUAAAAAUAUUUGAUUUCCAAAAGAAAAGCCAUCAUAUCGCUUGGGAUCCCUAGUUUUUAUGCCUGUGAACUAUUUAUAUCCUCCCUUCAAAAAAAGGAAACACACAUACACAAAAAAAAACCCUCCUACAUUUAAACAUAGCCCAUCACUCAUUGCCAUGAGGUGUGUUCCCUCCCUUU